UGAUUGUGCGCGCGCACGUCACGUCUGCGCUCCCGGUGAUGAAAUCCUGAUUCUCUCUCUCUCUCUCCUCCGGUUCAGUUUGAGUAUCGACCUCCUUCACGCAGCAUCUCCGCUCUCCAUCCUCCUCCUCCGCCUCCUCCUCCUCCUCCUCCUCCGCCUCAGCCUCAGCCUCAGUCUCAGCCUCAGCACCGCUCCCUCUGCAGGUGGAUGGAGGCUGGGAGCCCCGGAGACACGCGCCAUGCACGGGAGCAGCUGCCGUCAGAUCGCUGAGCACCUCCCUUCGCGCCGGCGACCACAUCCUUAGAUGACCCGCGGCUGAAGAAGGGGGGGUGUCUCCGGAUCCAGCGCCCGGAUCAUGGCAUGCUGCCCACAGCGGGCAUCCAGCACUGACCAUGGGGCUCCGGUCCAGGACCGUCGCUAGCGGCUCGGAGGAGCACAAGAAGAGCUCCGGCGCUUCUCACGGGGACUUACUGGACCACGGAACCGGCGGAGCGGACAAGGAUGGCGCCCUGCUGCUGGUGGCUUCGGGCCGGGAUGACUACAAGCGGGGCUCUCAGGGCAUCGGCAUCGGGCUGCUGGCCAAGACCCCCCUGAACUACACCCGGCCGGCCAAGAGGAAUAACAUCCGCAAGAGGAGGAUCCAGAACCUGCUGUACGACGCGCUGGAGAGGCCGAGAGGAUGGGCGCUGCUCUACCACGCGUUCGUGUUUCUGAUCGUCCUGGGCUGUUUGAUUCUGGCCAUACUGACGACAUUCAGGGAACACGAGAAGGUGUCUGCACACUGGCUGGUGAUUCUGGAAACUUUCGCCAUCUUCAUCUUCGGAGCUGAGUUUGCACUGAGGGUCUGGGCGGCAGGAUGCUGCUGCCGCUACAAAGGAUGGAGGGGGAGGCUCAAGUUCGCUCGCAAACCGCUGUGUAUUCUGGACAUCUUCGUGCUGAUUGCCUCGGUGCCGGUGGUGGCGGUGCGUAACCAGGGAAAUGUGUUGGCCACGUCCCUGCGCAGCCUGCGCUUCCUGCAGAUCCUGCGGAUGCUGCGCAUGGACCGAAGAGGAGGCACCUGGAAACUGCUGGGGUCCGCCAUCUACGCACACAGUAAGGAACUGAUCACGGCCUGGUACAUCGGCUUCCUGUCUCUGAUCCUGGCGUCCUUCUUGGUCUACCUGGUGGAGAAGGACGAUGUCUCCAUGGACGUGUCCAGCCAUGAAAACCCCACCGCUCAGCCCAAACCGCAGGACUUCGACACCUACGCCGACGCACUGUGGUGGGGGCUGAUCACGCUGACCACCAUCGGUUACGGAGAUAAAACCCCCAAAACUUGGGCUGGAAGACUGUUAGCCGGCACCUUUGCUCUGAUCGGAGUGUCCUUCUUCGCUUUGCCUGCAGGCAUCCUGGGUUCAGGUCUGGCUCUGAAGGUCCAGGAGCAGCACAGACAGAAGCACUUUGAGAAGCGUCGACAUCCAGCCGCCGGGCUCAUCCAGUCUGCCUGGAGAUAUUAUUCCACAAAUCCAAUCAGGGACGACCUCAUUGCCACGUGGAGAUUUUAUGAAACUGUCAUCUCACUUCCCUGCUUCAGGAAGGAGCACCUGGAGGCCAUGGCGAGCCAAAAACUGAGUAUCCUCGAGCGCGUUCGUCUGCCCAAUGCACGGCCAUCGGUGGGGACGACCAAGAGGCUCACAGGUAACGCCGACUCCAUAGAAGAAAGUCCCUCCAAGGAGCCCAAACCUGCCGGCUUCAGUAACCGGGAACGCUUCCGCACCGCCUUCCGCAUGAAGGCCUACACACUCCGACAGAGCUCUGAAGAUGCCGGAGCCCUGGCAGACCCAGCCUUAGAGGAGCGGGGCUUCCCCCCAGAAAUCCUUCUGGAGGAGAUGAUCCCCACAUUGAAGCUGGUCAUCAGGGCAGUCAGGAUCAUGCAGUUUCUGCUGAACAAGAAGCGGUUUAAGGAAACUCUGAGGCCUUACGAUGUCAAAGACGUGAUAGAGCAGUACUCUGCUGGACACCUGGACAUGCUCUGUAGAAUCAAGUACCUCCAGACAAGGAUCGACAUGAUUCUUGCCCCUGGACCCCCUCUAACCCCCAAACAGAAGAAAACUCAGAAAACACCCUUCACCUACCCGCCCAAUCAGUCACCAAGGCAGGAGACCUACAUAGCCAAAGCUCCCAUGCCAGAUGCCGAAGACCAAAGCAUGAUGGGUAGAUUCGUCAGGGUGGAGAGACAGGUGGAGGACAUGGAGAAGAAGUUGGACUUCCUAGUGGACAUGCACAUCCAGCACACUGAGCACUUGCAGGUGGACUCUGCCGGUGCCGCCCACAUGACCCUGGAGAGCUGCGAGCCUACAGGGAACGGUGAGAUCCGGCGGGUCUUCUUCAACUACUCUGAGGCAUUCCCGCACAUGUCGUACCAGAUGCCUGUCAACAAGGGGAAUCUGUACUGCGGCAGAGGAAGAGGAGUUGGUGAGGGACCGGGGUUUGCUGGUGGAAGCCACGCACCUUCAGACCAUCAACCCCUGACAUCACACCUCCACCAACGCCACCCUCCGGCCGCCAUCCCCACCUACACCGAGCGUCCCACAGUGUUGCCCAUCAGCUCUCUGCAGGACUUGUCAGUGGGGCUGGGCAGGACCACAGGGGGGCGGGGGGGCGACUCGCCGCUCUCCAUGCUGUCUGUGAACCACGAGGAGCUGGAGCGCUCACCCAGCGGGUUCAGCAUCUCUGGGGAGCGGGAGGGGGAAGAAGGAGAGGACUUGUCGAUGGGGGCCGGGUUGGCGACUGGGAACGCCAGCUGGACGAGACCCAGACCGAGCUACCUGGCGGAGGGUGAGACGGACACGGACACGGACCCUUUUACACCCAGUGGGGGGCCCCUGCCGCUCUCCUCCACGGGGGAGGGAUUUGGUGACGCUGUGUGGAACACGCCGCCCUGAGAGGUGCUCGUGUGAACACACAGAAAUCCACAACUCUGAGUCAAGACCUUAAAUCCAACCCAUGCCUCUAAACCCAAAUCAGUUUGGGUCAAAGCCACACCUCUGGACCCAAACAUUUGGAGGAAAGGUGGGUCUGAUCCGCCUUGAUGCUGCGAGGUCGUGAGCGAGGUCACUGACCUCCAGAGGCCCCCGCCGAUCUCAUCAACCGACCGCCGUCCAGACGGAGAGCCAUGGCAUCGAGACUGCCCAGAAAAAAAAAGGGAAACCAGACCGUUUGUAAAGUAAAACUCUGUACAGCGCACUCUUCGCAAAAAUUUAGCUGAAGUAAAGAUGAACAUUAAUAUACAUACUAUAUACACCCAAAAGCUUUAUCGCUGCAAAGCCAACCGCACUGCAUGUAACGCAUGCGAUUUUUAGUGUAGACACUGCAAAGUUCAGGAUAUCAGGAAACAGAAAAAGCGAUUGAAUGGAUACAUAUACUUGCUAUGCCAUUUUGUAACACUUAUUUUUUAUAUGAAUACAUUUUCAUUGUUUUUUGCAUGGUUUGCAUGACAAUGCACCAUUCUAGGGGUGAUGGUCGGAGGGCGAUACUGGAACCAAAAGUCUCCUGUCUCCUUGUUUUGUUUGCUGUGUGGCGAGUGUGUUUCUGAGUGUGUGUGAGUGAGUGUGUGUGUGUGUGUGUGUGUGAGUGUGUGUGUGUGUGUGUGUGUGUGUGUGUGAGUGUGUGUGUGAGAGAGAGAGUUGGGGGAGGACUUGGGUAACAAAACACUGGUUAGUUGCUGGCAGUCGUGUUUCACCAUUUCUGCUUUUCUCACGUUGUGCUGUAAAUCCUCUGAGGGUCGGUUCUGUCCGAGAACAGCAGAAUUAUUGAUCCCGUCACUUUGUUUUUUGUUCGUUUGCUUUUUUUUACACCACUGUGCUCUUGAGUUGUAUGUCACCACUGAAUGCAUACAAACUAUUCCAGCUGAAAAAAAAAAAAAAAAAAGAACAUAACAACAACUCAACAUUUUUGGAAUCUGAAACACUAAAUCUCUGCUGCUUUGUUGGCACAUGAAUUCAGGGAUAUAAACCACCUGUACGUCUUUAAGUUACCAAGACUGCUGAGCAUCUCGACCGCUCAGCUCAGUUCAUCACUGCUGAGAGAGGAUCAUACCUGACGAUCACCGCAAAAUAGUGGCUAAAAAUCCAAACACCAACUAAGAUACGUACAUAUAAGAAACCAUUUUAUUAUUGUUGAUUAUUAUAAUUUCACGCAGAUGUUCUCAAUGCCAAACAACAUGCGUAUGAGUAGAAUCAUGUAGCCACAAAAUGAUCUCCAUCUGACACAUGUUGUUCAGACGCGGCCCAACACCUCCACAGCUGCACGCAUGACAAAGAAAUUAUUAAACGAAACAUUAAAUUCAGAAGUUCCUCUAACUCAGUCUGAUUCUAGUCACAUGACCUCUGAAGAUUAUUAUCCAACUUCAAUAAUGUGAAAAGGAAAAGUUUUGGUGUGAUUUUUUACAUGUUAAGAUCAUUUUCGUUGUUGUAAUUCUCAUUUCAGCCACAAGGAGACUCAUACGGAUUAUAAUGCACUUCAUCCCCCCCUUGUGGCCGAAACGGUUAUUACAACACAAAAAUGAGCUUGACCCCCCCCAAAAUAUUUUCAAGUUGAAAAAAAAUAAUAGAAAAAAUGCAUCUUAGACUUCAGCCACCAGGAACUAAUUAAUUAGUUAAUCAGACUCGUUUCACCUGAAUUGAUUUUUUAUUAACUUACUCCACAGCUUCUGUAGAAAUCUCCCCAAAAAAACUUGAAUUCUGAGAAAAUCUCACCGUAACGUCCCCGAACACAGAAAUCAGCACCUCUCAUUUUCUUCUGUGUAGAUCAGAUCAAAAAUCAGAGUAAUUGUGUUUCGAGUACAAAUUCAGCAGGAGCUUGUUCAGCUCCAGGUGAUAAUAGUUAUUACUGUUAAUUAUCAUGAUUAGCACUCUGAUGACGACGGGUGCAGCAUAAUGAAAUCAGACGAACAUCCACCCACACAUCACUCAUGUGUCGUUAAGUGUGACUGUGAGUCAGUGUUUGGAUGUCGCACAGCUCAACAUCCAACAAUCAGACAUUCAGUUAAACACGGCGUUUACCUGUGAACUGGCAGAAACAAAAGUAUACUUCUCAACCGUCCAUUAACAUGUUUUAUCAUAUAUAUUUAAUGCAACUUAAAAACAUGCUGCUACAUCUAAAUUUCCUCUCAACAAACACGAUUAUUGUCCAGACGGCUGCUGAAACUCGAGCGUCCGGUUCUGAACACAAACUCACACUGAAAGCAACAACGCCACGGAUCAGAAAAGCUGGCGGGACGAGUAGAAAGUGAUCGUCGGUUCAAAUGUUCUUGAAAACUGAAUAUUGUUUUUUAUUAAGGAACAGCCCGAGCACCAUUUACUGCAACAACAAGAGCUUUACAGGAGGUCACACGAAGGCCUGAGCAGCAUUUACUACUUUAGAUUUAGGACGACACAGAUACUGAAUGUAAUAUUUGACAACCAACUAUAUGUACACACAUGGAUUAUUACACAGUUAUAGCAUGUUAAAGCACCUUCAGAGUCGGGGAUGUUAUAAAGGGGGCGUCCACACCGGGCUUCAACGCGUUAUGGGUUGAGUUAAGGGCCCGGGUCAGCCACAACCGGACACCAAGCUGCAGAUCUGAAGAUUUUAUCAGCCAUGAAGGUCGAAACACAUUUAACAUCGUCAAGUCGAUGGUACAAGUGUGUUUAGUGUGUGUCCAACUUCCUUUUGUGAGUAAAGUGAGUUUAGAAGUAAUGUGUUGGACACAAAGGGGUUGAAUUUAGACUCUUCUGCUCGUUUCUCUUCACACAACACUGGAGAUGUUCGGUUUCAUUUUGAUUUCAUCCUGCCACCUAAAACUUGAUCAGGACAUCUUUGUUGUGGAACAAGGUUCCCACCAGAUGUCGGUUGGGAACUUCGCAGCAUUAUUAACAACACUUCUUUAUACCUUCACAGCUGAACAGGUCUCUAGCCAAGGACUCCCAGAAUGAGAUCUCACGUCUCACUUUGUCGCCUGACUUCCUCUUCUGCUGCCAGAGAAGCUCGGCGUCUAACACACAAAUCCUGUCAUUUCUUUUUUUUUAUACCGUGGCAACUUAUCACAGGAAAAUAGAGAUGCUACGUUCAAACACUCCUAGUUUAAUACACGUUGAGGCCUCUUUUGUAAACAGUGGAUCAAAUGUUGAGGGCUGCACUGAGUGAACUUGAUUCUCAUGUCGUCCGGUUGUGGCUAACUCAACCCGCCUCGUGCUCCGGGCAGGUUGAAGCUCUCUGUGGAGGCAGCAGCAGACUGCGAGCUGAGCGAGGUGAACCAAACACUUAAUAUCUAUUUAUCUUAUCGUAUUACAGGUACUAUUAUCUUCUGCUACUGAAACCCAUCCAAUUAUAUAUCCUCAAAAUAAAUCAUCUUGCAAAUGCAGACACGAGUUGUCGCCACAUAUAGAUACGGAGAUCAUAACGCGAUGAUAUAUAUCCCUGUAGACGCUCAUUCAUUGUGCCUCUGAAGCGAGAAACAUCAUCCAGAAUGACUCCACAUCGUCAUUCUAUAUUUAGUGUUUCACCUCAUGUCACCAGACGCACUCCACAGGAUUAAUGAAUGUGAACUCUGUUUCCUUCUCUAGUGAUUUGUCUUCUUCUUCUUUUUUUCUUUUUUUGGUUGAACUAGCACUCGGUACAGUCUUGCUUUUGUAUGAUGCUGUUUCGUAGCUUCGUGAUGCUUUCGGCUCGUUCACCUGAACUCAGAUUUCUCCACCUGAUUUUCUCCGCUGCACAGAAGUGUAAAGGUUGUGACGUUUCACCUCUUCUGUGGGUUUUAUUUCCUUUCAGCUUGUUGCAUCCGAUCAGAAAGAAACUCACUCACCACAUUCAUCCAAUGUUUUUUCUUUUUUUUUUCCCCUUGUCGCCUCGCAGCAUCGUGUCACAAUAACCUGUGAACUACAGUCACAUCGCUUCCAUUCAAAAAUUUAAAACUCUUAUCGCUUCCUUUCUAAAUUUACAGACGUGUACAUCACCGGAAACAAACAGCAUUGGUACGUUUAUACUCACAUGGCAAAUUACUGUUAAAAUUAACAUUUUGUACGAUGUUAAAACAGAAUAAAUUGUCUUCCAGGACACUGAAAUACUGAGAAAAUAAGACAUGAAAUAUUUUUCUGUAAUAAAUAAAGUCCCCCUGCAGCACUCUUUACCCCAUGUCAGCAUUUUGAUGUCAUUUGGUUCAAACUGUAAGAGGUGCUUUUGUAUGGAUUAUUAACUGAUAAUUUCUAUCAGAUGAUAUCUGGCCUCGGUGGCGUUUCCUCUCCGUGUCUGUGUAAUAUUCUGCUAUGAGUUGGUCGACUAAACGUUUUCUUUAAUACGUAAUAUAGUUUUUGAGAGUGCACCCUCAGAUUAACCACAUGAAAGAGCAUCUAAUCCCUAAUCCCUCUCUGUUGUGUUGCUUUUGUUUGAAACACAUUGACAUGUUGGCGUUCCUGCACACUUUUUUUGGACACUUCAUAAAAAAAUCAGGGUGUUUAUCUUUAACCUCUGGCACCGGUUCUUGUCGACUUGUUCGGGCAGUUUAAAGAAAAUUCAGAUUAUCGAGUUGAUUCCGAUGUCUUGUUCUUGUGGUCAGUGACUGACAGAGGAAACACUGGAUCAAGGUUGUAGCAGACAACGAAGCUCCAACGUGCAGCAGUCGUUCUAAUAAUCCUGCUGGAACAAAAAAGGCUUCACGCACUUCUUCACAGUAUCACAUGUCGGUACUGUGUGUUUUCUCGACAGUUUAAAUCAAACUCCUUCUGUCUUUCUGAAGCCAUAAUCUGGUCCCUCGAUGAAGCACGUUUGUACUAAAAACUGAAGUUUCCCCGACACGUUCCCACCCUCGUACGUCCGCCUCAGAUGUGCGUCGUUUACUUUUCUUCCACUCUGUGUGAUCUCGUCUGUAUGUGCAUCGAUUCUGAAUGAAAAGGAGCACUUUAUGGCAUCCAUGUAGUCAAGAGGGCAAUACUGCUUGCUGUGAUUAUUCUGUUCAGUAUGGUUGUACUCACUGUAACUGCAUACCAAGCAAUGCACUGAUCGACACAUUCUACAUAACCUGUAAUUUUAUGGACAUUUUUUUAAUUGCUACAAAUUAUUUGUGCCUUGGCCUUUGACAGUACAGUUCUUUUCAAUGUAAAACAUUUUACAUUUUAUUUUUUGGUCAUGCUCUUUCUCGCUGUGGCUGUCGAAAAAAAAAAAAAAAAAAAAAGCAGAAGCGAAGCUGUCGGUAAUAUCCGGAGCGGGAAAAAUAAAAACGCUGCAUUUUACACAAAACACCUGAAUGUUUACAUUUUAUCACCACAGACUCGGAAGUGUUUGUGCUAAGCUAGGCUAACACACCUGUCUCUGUACCGAUCACACUGAUGUUCACACUCUCACCUGAAGUUCUGUCACUCGCCUCACUGAACAGACUCAUCAUUGGCAUCGUUGUUCCAGAACCUGGAUAGUCCGAACAGCCUGCUGCACUGUAAACACACAACCACUGAUCCAAACACGUUGUUCUGAAAAUACACACUGGAGCCGGAACUACUGGGCUGUAUACUGUCGGACACGCAACAUCUGAUAUCAUUAAAACAAUCGGUUGAGUUCUGGAUAACUCGGGCCACACUGGGUCAUACGACACUUGUGGUGUCGCCUCCUUCAGGCUCACUUGUGUGUUGAUGGACUCGGGUCACCAGCAGUGUCCAGAAAUCCUGCUCUCUUGUUAAACCCAACCAAACUGUGACCGUUAUACAACAUCAGGCACAUUAUAUUAUAUAUUGUUAACCUCACUGUGAGGCUGAAGGUCGUCUGAUUCGCCCUUUACACAAGUUCAAAAACACAAAGAUAUUCAGAGCAAACAAACUCCUGGGAAAGUGUGUGUUUUUGGAACAUCAGGUCUGUGGAUCCGGGGGGAGAACAGGCUGAGUGUCAGACUGUCGGGUUUUUAAAAUAAUUGGCUGUCCGGAAAAGAACCUGGCCGUCUGUGUCGAGUAGCGACAAAUAUCUGGAACAGCCUGUUCUGUCGAGUUCUGUAACAAACUGAACGUGUUCUUGGAGUUUCUAGUUUAUCACUUUUGAUGAAUUGUAACCCUUGUAACUGUAAUUCCAACAAAGCUAAACUGUUAAUGUUUGAUUAGCUACUCAAGUAACUCCGGCUGUCACGAUGUUAGCUUUUCACACGUCAGUAAUCUCUGUUCUUUAUUUAUUCAUCUAUCCGCCUGCUUCAGUCGGGUCCUUAAAACUCACAGAUGGUUUCAGAAAUCAUCCCAGCCUGUCAAACACCAGAGGACGCGGCGUCGAGCUGUUUUACGUCUUUUUACACGAGGUUCCAGUUUCACUUCCACUUCUGAAAUGUGCCAAAAUGUGUAAACUCAACACAGCGUGUAACCCGUAAAUGAAACUGGCCGGACGCUUUGUUGGCUAAACUGCACAAUAUGUAAAAAAUGAAAUAAAAAUAGCACAAAAUUAGCUGCACAGUCUCUUUUACUUUCUUGUUGACGGUACAGAAAGUCCAGCCGGGCCGGCGGACCUCCUCUGUGGCCUCCGAGAUGACACGAUUGUUUCCUCAGCGAGACGUGAGCGAAAUACACAAAGAUGUCUAAAAAUCAAACCUGCUGUUCUCGUGUGAAUGCAGCCGCGACGCUCCGACCACAGGAAGUCUUUACGAGCCUGUUGGUUGGAUAUUACCGACAGCUCUGUGCGAGCUGACUGACAGCAGCUUUUAUUUACUUAUUUAUUUUUGGGUCAGAAACAGUUUCGAUGUUCUUAGGUUUCAUUUAAGAGAAGUUUGGACAACUUUACACUAGUGGCCUUCAGAGCUGUGCAUCAUUUUUCUCAUUCCAGUUUGAAAAAAAAAAAAAAAAAAAGGCUACCUGCCGUUUCUAUUCCGUAUUAGACCACUUUGAAUAUUUUUGUUUUGAUGAUAUAAUAUGCAAAUGUAUUCUUACUUGAUUUUUUUAUUUUUUGUCUUUUCAAUUGCACCAGUUAUUAAUAAAGUAUUGAAUUGAAAAAAA